UGAUGCCGGCCCUGGGGAAGGUAGGCCCCCGCCCAGGCUGUCUCCGCCGCGCCUUCUCCUCCGGGAGGACUGGCCGGCUGGGGAGGGAGUCCGGCUGCGGGGGAGGAAGGGGGGGCGAGAAAGUUCUGCCCCAGGGGCUGGAGGGAGCGCGAGUCUCCACCGCCCGGCGCAGCGCCUCUCCGCGGGGGCUCCACCGCCGGGGCGGUGGACGAGUUCAGCCCGCUCCUCGCCCCCACCUCCUACUGCGGCUGUGUCGUCGGGAGGGGAGCUCAGGAGCCUUCUUCCUGGUGCCGCGGACCCGGGCUGGAAGCUCCGGGCCCGAGGGGAGGGGGCGAGGGUGCCGGGUGCUGGCCGCCGUUGGCUCUUGGCCCCCUCCCCGGAGUGGCUGGUGCUUGAAAGCUCGAAAGGGGCUGUCUCUUCCUUUCCCCUGGGGGCCCCCCUACGAGCUGCGUCCUCUCCCCGCCAGGCUCCCUGGGGCGAAGGCUAGAGGGUUCAGUGCCACCCGGUGCCCGGGUCCAAUCUUGCUGAAGUCGCCGCUUCCCCGGAGGGCCGGGGGUUGGGAGGGGGUGGCAGGCGAGAGGAGCUUCUCCCCUCCGCAGCGUCGGCCGUUCCGCUGGCGGCGGCUGGGUUUGCACGGCCGGAGGGAGCCGCCGCGGCCACUGCUUCCAGGACGCACGAGAGCAGAGGAGAGGAGCGCGCGCACACAGGCUCCGGCCGCCCGCAGGCCUGGCCGGCGCCCGGGCCGCCGCGGCUGGCGGCGCUCACGUUGGCUGCAGGGCGCUCGCGCGGCGCCUCGGCCCGGGUCGCAUCCCUUCCCGCUCGCACUCGCCCGGAAUGUGGGGUUGUGA